AUGACACAUUAUGUGUUUAUGUGGUACCCAGGAUUUUCAGUGGGUGGAAUUGUGAGACAUUUAAAAUUGAAGCAAUUCUACACAUUAUUUGUGGACUACACUAAGGCCUUUGAUUAUGUCGUAAGGGAAUAUUUAUGGUACAAAUUAAUACCAUUAGGUUUAAGAGAUUAUAUUGCUUUAAUGCCCCAAUCGACUACACAAUCUCAUUCAGUAUCAGCAUCUGCAUCUACUGCUACAACAACAUCAUCAACAAAAAGAUCAACAUCAUCAACAAGAGCAUCGACUUCAAGCAUACAGACAUCUACAUCUCUGACAACAACAAACGGAGGAGACCAUUGUUUAUCUAACCCAUGUAUGGCUGGAAGAUGCUCAGUGCUUAAUAAUUCAUUUAAGUGUACAUGCUAUCCAGGUUGUAGCGGCCAGUUUCAGCAGUUCUACAACUUAUACCAAGGAUCAUCUACAUUGACUACUAAAGCAGCACGCAAGCCCAGACAACGGCAAUUGUACGAGACCCAUGUAUGUCGAACCCAUGUAGGCUGGGUUGUGUUCCAUGUAUUACACAACAUAUCGUUUGUGAGUGUUUUUACGGAUAUUGGGGAAGCCAAUUUCGUUUCUGGUCAACAAAAAGCCAACGUAUAUCUGGAUCCCGACUUGUAUACUGCUCCUACAACCACUGUUACAGAUUUCUGCACACCAAGCCCAUGUUUUGCCGGAAACUGUUCAUUAUACCUAAACACAUACCGUUGUACAUGCAACUACGGGUAUACAGGCCGAAAUUGCUCCAUAAAUUAUAUUGCUUUAAUGCCCCAAUCGACUAAACAAUCUCAUUCAGUAUCAGCAUCUGCAUCUACUGCUACAACAACAUCAUCAACAAAAAGAUCAACAACAUCAUCAACAAGAGCAUCGACUUCAAGCACACAGACAUCUACAUCUCUGACAACAACAAACGGUGUAGACCAUUGUUUAUCAAACCCAUGUAUGGCUGGAAGAUGCUCAGUGCUUAAUAAUUCAUUUAAGUGUACAUGCUAUCCAGGGUAUUCAGGGACGCAGUGUUCGCAAGUUGUAGCGGCCAGUUUCAGCAGUUCUACAACUUAUACCAAGAGAUCAUCUACAUUGACUACUAAAGCAAGCACGCAAGCCCAGACAACGGCAAUUGUACGAGACCCAUGUAUGUCGAACCCAUGUAUGGCUGGGUUGUGUUCCAUGUAUUACACAACAUAUCGUUGUGAGUGUUUUUACGGAUAUUGGGGAAGCCAAUGUGAGAAAAGAUGGGCUGCUGUUGACACUGAUGUGUGCUCUUUACAACCUUGUGUCCAUGGAAUUUGCACUGAACUCAACCAAACGGCGUUUCAUUGCAACUGUGAGAAGGGCUACACAGGGAAGACAUGCAAUGACAGUUUAACAUUAACUACAGCAGCAUAUGUUGACAUAUGUGAUUUAAAUCCUUGUGGUAAAGGCAACUGCACGAGAAUCGACAAUCAAACAUUUAAAUGCUCGUGUCCGCUGGGAUAUACAGGAAGAACAUGCAGUAUUAAACAAGACUGCCCUUCUCUAAAGAUUGGUGACCAUGUAGUUCGAGGCCCUGAUUGGAAGUGGGGAGCACAGGGUAUUUCAAGAAUUGGUACAGUAGUUUCAGUACCACGGAAAGGGUGGGCUAUGGUAUCAUGGGCUGAAAAGGAAGCAAAUUACUACAGAAACGGAGCUGAAAAUGCGUGUGAUGUUUGGCUUUAUAAUGCUACUACCGCCUCAUCACUGGUGACUACAAAUUCAAGUUGUGACGACCAUAAGAAACUGUGUCAGGCUCACUGUAGUCCAUACGGUUAUAUGAUGGAUGCAGAUGUUUGUGAUUUCUGUCUUUGUAACCAUGCUAAUCAUGGGGUAUGAAAUAAACGAAUAAUUCAUUGUA